AUGAUAUCAAAAAAAAAUUGCAACUCUGAAAUAAGAAUAAUUUUAUUGGAAAAAGAUUUUGAUGGAAAACAUAAUUUUUUAAAAUUACAAAAAGGAUGGUAUGUCCGUUUUCAAUUGGGUGAAACAUUAAUUACACAAAAUGUUAAUAUAAAUAUUUAUAGAAAUGGUGAAAAAGAAUAUAAUGAACAAUUAAAGGCUGGAAAAUUUGGUAAAGAUUCAUUUCUUGAUAUUGAAUGUACUAUAGCUGGUACAUAUUAUUUUGAAUAUGAAGGUGAUAAUGAUUCUAAAGGAAGAGGUUAUUAUCAUGUUGAACCUGAAUUAAUUGUUAAAGAUAAUCAUAAAAUUCCUUUAGAUGCCAUUUCUUGUCAAACAUAUCUAACUAAAUUACUUGGUAAUUUUGAUGAAUGGAAAGAUAAAUUGAAAGUUUCUAGAGAAUUAGGAUAUAAUAUGAUUCAUCUUACACCAAUUCAAAAACUUGGUAUUUCAGAUUCUUGUUAUUCUAUAGCAGAUCAUUUGUCAAUUGAUAGUAGAUAUAAAGGAAAUUUGCAUGAUGUUGAAAAGUUACUUCAAAAAUUGCGUGAUAAAUGGGGGAUGUUAGUUAUUCAGGAUGUUGUUUGGAAUCAUGCAGCAAAAAACUCUAAAUGGCUGGAGGAACAUCCUGAAUGUACAUUUAAUUGUGUUAAUUCUCCACAUCUUAGACCGGCUUAUCUUCUUGAUAGAGCUUUGGUUUAUUUCUCAGAAGAGAUAAGAGAUGGAAAAUGGGAAAAUAAUGGUAUUCCAGCAGUAAUUGAUAAUCAUAAUCAUUUAAAUGCCAUUAGAUAUGCUCUCCAACAUACAAUUAUACCAAAUUUAAGAUUAUGGGAAUUUUUCCAGGUAGAUAUUGAAUCUGUUAUUCAAAUAUGUUUAAGAGAAGCUGGAAUAAUGGAAGUUUAUGGUGGAAUUUCAAUUGAAAGUCCAAGUAUUGAAGAAAUAACUAUAAUUCAAGAUCCAGAAUAUAAAAGAUUUGGUUGUACAAUAAAUUAUGAUUCUGGAAUAAAACUUGCACUACAAAAAGGACAAAAUGGUUUAAUGGAAAAAUUAAGAAUAUUAAAUCAUGAUAUGUUUUUAAGAAUAAAUGAUAUGAUGAUGGAAGCUAUUAAUGCUAUCAUUGGUCACAUCAAUUAUGAAAGAGUUUCAGAUAAUGGACCAAAAUUAGGUAAAGUGACAGAUGAACAUCCUCUUGUUACUAAUUACUUUGCCUAUCCAUCUGAAUCUUCAUCUAUUGAUAAGGACGAAGAAAUUAUAUUUGAUAAAAUAAAAGGACAACAAUGUAGAGCAUGUAAUGGAUGGGUUAUGGGAGAUGAUCCAUUAAAAAAUUUUGCUGAAAGUCAUUCUCAAGUAUACUUAAAACGUCAACUUAUAAGUUGGGGAGAUAGUUUAAAACUUAAUUAUGGAUCAGGACCAUCACAUUGUCCAUAUUUAUGGAAGUAUAUGAAAGAAUAUACAGAAACUUGUGCUAAAUUAUUCUGUGGUUUUCGAAUUGAUAAUUGUCACUCUACACCAAUUCAUGUUGCAGAAUAUCUUUUAAAUGCAGCUAGAAAAAUAAAACCAAAUUUAUAUGUUAUUGCUGAAUUAUUUACAGGAAGUGAAGAAAUCGACAAUAUUUUUGUUAAUAGACUUGGAAUUACUUCCUUAAUAAGAGAAGCACAAAAUUGUCAAAAUAAGGAACAAGGAAGAAUGGUUUACAGAUAUGGAGGAAAACAAAUGGCUAGUUUUAUGGGUCAAGAAUGCAAGGCAUCAAAUUCUGUUGCUCAUGCAAUUUUGUAUGAUCAAACACAUGAUAAUCCAAGUCCAGCUGAUAAAUUUGGAAGUAUGUAUUGUUAUCUUCCUACAGCAGGUUUAGUAUCAGCAACUGCAUGUGCUAUAGGAUCAACAAGAGGAUUUGAUGAAUUUGUAACAUUUUCAAUAGAUGUUGUCAAAGAAAAACGUCAAUACAAAAGUUGGAAAGAACUUCAAGAAAAUAAUUAUGGAUUAACAAAAGCAAGAAAGCUAAUAAAUGAUUUACAUUCAAAAAUGGCUUAUGAAGGAUAUACUGAAGUGUUUGCAGAUCAAGUAACAGAUACAGUUGUUGCUGUUACCAGAAGAAAUCCAAUAAACAAUGAUGUAAUAAUAAUUAUUACACAUAAUUGUUUUGGAGAAUUUGAAUGGAAUCCUAAUGCAAAAGAUAUUGUAGUAUGUGGAAAAGUAAAUAAAAUACUUUUUGAAAUGAAAACAAAAGAAAACACAGAAUUAGAAGACAAAGAUUUAUUUAACAAAAAAGAAAGUGAUAAUGAUAAUGAAUCUGAUAACAAAAUUAGUGGUGUUUCAAGAUUCAUUGUUGAAAUCAAAGAAAAUUUGAAACCAAAUGAAUCUCAUUGUAUUGAAGUAAUCAAUGAAAAUAUUGUUAAAUUCAAGAAUUUUCCAUCUGGAAGUAUUGUGGCUUUUCAAAUAAUUCAAAAUGAAAAAAAUACUGCUGCAAUUAAUGAUGUUGAAGCUUUCAUAAAUAGUAAAGAAUCAGAAAAAGUAGAUAAAAUAAAAAAAGCUAUUGGAGAGUUAGAUCUUUAUUAUUUCAAUAAGCUUCUCUUCCGUGUAGAUGGAGAAGAACGUGAAGAUUCAGGCGAUCAUGCAUAUAAUAUUCCACACUGGGGAUCACUUCCAUAUUGUGGUUUACAAGGAAUUCGUAGCUUAAUAAAAAGAGUUGCUUCUGAUAACGAUCAAGGUCAUCCUUUGUGUCAUAACAUAAGAAAUGGAAAUUGGUUAGCUGAAUAUUGUUAUAAGCGUCUUCAGCGUGGAGAAGAACUUAAAAAGGUUGGGGAUGCUUUUCAAGACGUUCUUGAAAUUCUUCAAAACGUUCCUUCAAAUGUCAGACCAACUUAUUUUGAAAGAGUUUUUACUAUCUUGUAUAGUGAAGCAAAAAAAGGAUUUCUCAAAAAAUUAAGAGCAAAUAAAGAUUUACCGACCUGCAAAUUAGUAAAUAGAUUACUUCUAUCUUCAGCAUCAUUUGUUUCUUAUGUUAAGAAUGCCGAAUUAUCACCUAUAAGUGAAAAAUUAUUUACAACUGAACAAAAUCCUUCAUCACUUGCAGCAGGAUUACCUCAUUUUACAACAGGAAUUUGGAGAAACUGGGGUCGUGAUACAUUUAUUGCUCUUCCUGGAAUCCUACUGUUAGCUGGAAGAUUUGUUGAAGCACGAAAUAUUAUUCUUAGUUUUGCUGGAACUUUAAGACACGGGCUUAUACCAAAUCUUCUUGCAGCAGGAAAAGGAGCAAGAUAUAAUUGUAGAGAUGCUGUAUGGUUUUGGUUAGCAGCAAUCAUGAAAUACAUUGAAAUGGCUCCAUGUGGACCAGAAAUAUUAGAAAGGCCAGUCAUUAGAGUAUAUAAAAAUGACGAUGCUGAAUUUGAUCCUAAUGGUAAAGAAGAACCAUUAAAAGAAGUUAUUUAUGAGGCACUUUCAAAACAUUUUAAUGGAAUAGAAUUCAAAGAAAGAAAUGCAGGAAGGGAAAUUGAUGAACAUAUGCAAACUGAAGGUUUCAAUGUUAAUGCAUUUGUCCAUCCUGGAACUGGAUUCAUUUGUGGAGGAAAUCAAUAUAACUGUGGAACAUGGAUGGACAAAAUGGGAAGUUCUAUUAUAGCUGGUAAUAAGGGAUACCCAGCAACCCCAAGAGAUGGAGCUGCUGUUGAAAUUCAAGGAUUAGCAGUUUAUGUUUUAGAAUCUCUUGAAAAAUUAUAUGAAAAAGGACUAUAUUCAACAAAUAGUGUAACAAAUUCUAAAAAUGGAAUGAGUUGGACAUUUAAAGAAUGGGCCGGAAAAAUAAGAACGUACUUUCCUAACUUUUUCUAUGUUUAUGAAAAUGAAAGUGACGAAAUGGCACAUAGAAGAGGUAUUAUUAAAGAUUGCUUUGGAUCUACAGCACGUUAUACAGAUUUUCAGUUGAGGCCAAACUUUACAAUAGCUCUUUGUUAUGUACCAGAUCUCAUUGAAACAAAUAAAUCUUGGAGUGCUCUUAAAAUGGCUGAAAAAGUUUUAAUGAGCAGACUAGGAAUUAAAACAUUAGAUCCUCAAGAUUGGGCAUAUUGUGGAAACUAUAAUAAUCAAGAUAGUCAAGAUAAAAAAACAGCUUGUGGAUGGAAUUAUCACCAGGGACCAGAAUGGUUAUGGGUAGCUUGUUGCUAUUUAAAAGCAAAACUUGAAAUUGGAUGGAGAAGAAAAUUAGAAGGACAUAAAAAAGAUUGGAUAGAUGUAUGUAAAGAAAUUACAAAACAACUAUACAUCUAUGAAGAAUAUAUUGAUGGAAGUUUAUGGGCUUCUUUACCAGAACUAACAAAUGAAAACGGUUCUCAUUGCCCACCAUCUUGUGAAGCUCAAGCAUGGUCAAUUGGAUGUUUAUUAGAAGUCAUUCAAAGAUACAAUCAACUGUUGAAAAUGGAUGAAAAAUCUGAAUGA